AUGGUUAUAGUUGAAUUCUAUAAAAAUUGUUACAGGAAGCUAUUGAGGCCAGUGUUGCCAAUUAAAUUAAGAUCAUUCUUAAAAGAUGUCAUUUCCAUUAUGGUCAUUAAUUUCUUUUUAACAUUCUUAUUGAUGUUUGCUCUGUGGACAAAUUUUUCAACUCAUCUACAUAAACGUUUAGAUUUUAGAGAUACUAGAAGUUCAUUCACUAAGAUUUUACCAAAAAUUGCUUCAACCAUUAAAAGAAAAACUCUAAGUUACUCAGGUGCUAAAUAUGCUGAACCUGAACAAGAAAUUUUAUUAAGUUUAGAUGGUGAUGAAGUCAAUAAUAUUGAAUAUGAUCGUACUAUAACUCAUAUCGAAGCAAAACCAAGCAGUUCAGAUGAUUUAGUUAACUAUAAGAAUCUUAAUGAUGAUAAUGUUGAUGAAGAUGACAGCAGCAAUUGGGAAAGUAAAGUCAUUAAAACAAAAAUCAGCGUUAAACAUACCCAUGCUUAUGAUAACUAUUUGGAAGAUAGUAAAUUAGUUUGUGAUUUAGGUUAUUAUUACAGACAAUAUGGUAUAGGUUUUGAAGAAAUUGAAGUCGAAACUGAUGAUGGUUUCAUUAUUGAUUUAUGGCAUUUAAAACCGCAAAAUAAUAAUAACAAAGCUGGCCAUCCUAUCUUAUUACUACAUGGUUUGUUACAAAGUAGUGGUUCUUUUGCUACUAGUGGUAAGAGAUCUUUAGCUUACUAUUUGUAUCAACAAGGUUUUGACGUUUGGUUAGGUAACAAUAGAUGUGGAUUUAAUCCAAAAUGGAAUAUGAAAAAAUUGAACCACGAUAAAUCAAAACAAUGGGAUUGGGAUAUUUUUGAUAUGGUCAAAUAUGAUUUAAAAGCUUUAAUUCAAACCAUAUUGAAUAGAACUGGUUAUGAAAAGUUGUCCUUAAUUGGUCACUCCCAAGGUACUACUCAAGGUUUUAUGGGUUUAGUUAAUGGUGAAGAUAUUUACAAAAAUGAUGAUAGCACAACUGAAUCUGGUGAUGAAUUUAAAUUAAUCGAUAAAUUAGAAAAUUUCGUUGCUUUAGCACCAGCAGUUUAUCCUGGUCCAUUAUUAGAUGAAAAAAUGUUCGUUCAAUUAAUUAGAAUGGGUAUUGACAAACCAAGAAUCUUCCGUGAAAGAUCUUUUGUUCCAAUUAUGAUGUUUAUGAGAUUAUAUGUGGAACAAAAUUUAUUUGCUUAUUUAUCAUAUGUCAUGUUCAAUUAUUUAUUUGAUUGGAAUGAUGCCCUUUGGGAUAAUUCUUUAAGAAAUAGACAUUUCAUGUUUUCUCCCGUUCACGUUUCUGUUAAAUUAAUGCAAUGGUGGUUAAGUCCUGAUCCUGCCAAGAGAAGUUUCAAAGAAACUGCUCAAGAAUUAUUCCCGGAUAAAAAAGCUUGGUUCCCAUUAUCUACUGAAAGACCUGUUUCCCAACCAAAUUCAAUUCAUAAAAAUAAACCAAGAGAAACUGGUCAAAAUUAUCCAAACAUUUUGAUGUUUGUACCAAGACAAGAUAGAUUAGUUGAUGGUGAAAGAUUGAUCAAUCAUUUCAUAAAUCAUGAACCUCAUUCAACUUAUAAGAUUUGGUAUAUUGAUGAAUAUUCACAUAUGGAUGUUCUAUGGGCAAAUGAUAUGAUUGAAAGAAUUGGUAAACCAAUAGUCAAGAACUUGAGAUUCUCAGACAACAACUAG